UGACAGCCUUGCAGGUUAGUCUCAGGCAAAGGUUAAUUGAAAAUAAAUACAAUUUGUUUUCUUGYAGUUUUGCUGUUAGUGAGUGAUAUGGCUGUUAWCUUGUUUUAAAAUAUAAUUUAAAUAAUAAUAUAAAAUAUCAAAGCAACCAUGUCUGUGUUUUCCAAAGUCAAAGGGUUUCUAUCCAGGCAUAGGAACAAGUUUUUAAUAGGAGGUGCACUAGUAGCAGGUUCCGUUUUCCUCACAAGAUAUGCCCAAACCAGGUUACGGCAAUGGCAUGAGAAAGAGGCAAUGGAAUUUAUCGAAAGAAAUCGGAAGCAAGCGCAUUUUGAAAGUAUUAAUCGUACGUGCAAUCAGACAAUCGUCAAUUUGUCCGCUUCCUUGCUUGAAAGCAUAUACCAUACUGUGAGUUCAGAAGAAACAAUCGAAAUAUUGAAAAAGCACCCAGAAAACAAGAUAGAAAUGUGGAAUACCUUGAAGGUUCAAGUUUUCACUAGAGCUGGCUGUGUAAUUUAUUCCCUUGUAAUGUUAGUGCUGACUUUAAAAGUGCAAUUGAACAUAGUGGGAGGGUACCUGUACAAAGAUCCCACUAGUGUGCCCGCAGAUAUGCAAGAAAAAUAUCUGUCUUUAUGUCAGCACUUUCUCAACACAGGCGUUGCAAGGCUGGCCAAAGUUAUGGAAUUUGAGGUGAACAAACUAGUCCAGAAAAUUGACUUGAAGAAGAUGAUGAAACUUAGUGAUUUUGAGGCGAUAUUCUGGUCUCUUCAAAGCAGUUUGGAUGCGAAUGCAGCGAAUCCAGUCAAUCAUCUUAGAGAAUAUAUAUUUAAGAAUGAUCCACCGAAUUCUGAUGAUGUCUAUAGCAAUAUGUUAAGAGACACAGCGGAUCUACUCGAGAGUGAUGAAAUUAAAUUCUUAGUCAUUCACAAUGUUAACACUGGUUUUGUAUUACUGGGAGAUCAGCUAUCAGAGUUUUUCACUGAUAAUAAGCCAAAAAUAACAGAAAUCACUGCGAAUGGUGGCCCUGACCAAUUUGAAAAUCCAUUUAUGGCCAAGAAACCUUUAGCAAAACUUGUUCCUAUUCUCAACGGACUUCUAUCUAAGCAGUCAUUUCCACAAAAUUUUACACAUCAUUUGAUAGUGAGUGAAAAAUUGCAAAUGCUCUGUGCUAAUGUAUACGAAAGUCUUUUGGGGUAAUUACAGUAAAAACUGAUGAGUCAUAACAAAAUGGUGAAGAGAAGUAUUUGUUAAGUUAUUUUAGACAUUUGUGUAAGCAACAAUAAAAUAUAUGAAAAAACC